UCUGUCUCUGUGGCUUUCUUUUGCCAGGAGACUUGAUUUCGUUUCUUUUGUUUCUUUUCUUUACUUUUCUUUUCUUUUCUUUUCGUUUCCUCUAGGGGUCGGCGUUAGGUGCAUCGUUUUCUAGGAAGUUGUCGGGCAGAAUAAAGUAGUGUUUGGGCGUUUACUCCGUGUAUUUACAACGCCGAUGGGUGGUGGUUGCCUGUGAUGAACCUACCACCGUGCGUAACAUGCAAUCUUCCAUUGUUUGGCACUUUCCAUCUGUGACUUUGAUCGUCGCCGGUCCGGCGCAGCCACUUUCUUGCACCCAGCCAAAAAAAAAUCAAACAAACGACCCAAUCACUUUCUUUCUUCUCUCGUUGCAACUCCCCUCUUUCGCCCCGCACCAGUCGUUCUCCAAACCCACCCUACACGAAAAAGCGCCGUCCCUGACUCGCGCGAAACUCAACCACUCACACAAUGUUCCGCCUCAGAUUGAAGAAGGAGAAACUCGCCGUCAAGGAAUUCGCUCCAGACCUCACGGAAUUGGGAGUCUUCGUCAACGACGCCGACCAGAUCCGACAGAUCGAGAAGCCGGACGAGCCAUGGGAAUUCCAUGUCCACGGCAAGCAUGCCACAAUGGACAUGCACAAGUACAGUGAGCGCAUGAAUCGGCGUCGCGGAGAGGCGCUAAACGAAUGCGUGCGCCACAUCGCCCUCGAGCGACUGGCCAAGCUCAACGUCAACGUGGUGCGCCUCCCCCGCGAAGCCGUCAGCGACCCCUCCGGCAUCAAGCACGUCCGCAUCCUCGCGUCCUCCGGGCUCUCCGCGGCCACGCGCAUCCUCUUCAUCGCGCCAGACUCGGACAGCAGCGACUUGGGCAUCCACUCGUACCGGCACUCGACGAGCGAAACCGUGCGCGAGGGGUGCAUGCAGUCGAUCGUCGAGCACGCGCAGGCGUCGGGCUACGACGGCAUCGUGAUUGCUAAUCCGGCGGGAAUCUACUGGGAUCACCUCUCGCGCUCGGCGAUUACCAACCAGACGUGGAAGGCCCGCGAGCUCAAGGUCGUGCAGCCGGUUUCCGGCGCCGUGUUGGAUCCGGACAGUCAGCGCAUCCCCGGCCACGAGAAUCCCGAGAACCACAUCGCGCGCGUCCUCGAGUACGUCAAGGAGCACCUGCGGCCGGAGGCGCAGGUGGAUUUCGUCGCUACGGGAUACACCUCGUUUGCUCUGCUGCAGGGCCUCUCGAACGACUUCGCGGCGUGGAAGCUACACGCGCACGCUGGCAUCCUGGCUGAAUCCGCGCACUCGAUCGAGGACUUCAAGGACCACGAGCUCCGUGAGUUCGUCCGUAAGCGCUGCAGAAACUACAUUCUCCACACCGAGGCACUGGGGUCCUACGUCGAGGCGAACUUCCAGCAGGCGGUGAACUGCUACUCCUGUGGUACGACCACCUACAAAUCCAGUGCGGAGAUCGUCCCCAUCAUCGAGAAGAAGAUAUUCGAGUACUUUGCGCGCGCCUACGAGCUCGAUGCGAAAGCCGCUGGAAAUGGAGGCGAGGGGGAGGGUGAGGACGAGGAGAUGCUCAACAAUCUCAUCCCGAUCAUGAUGGGGAAGGAGUAUGGUGCUGCGCACAAGGAAUGGAUCAAGGAGCUGGCCAAGCUGGAUCUGGGACACGAAACCCCGGGCUGGGAGGUGCCAGGUGCCGAGGUCGUCGAGGAACUGAGGAAAAUGGCGGAGGAGGAGAAGAGCGUGUGGGAGAACUCGGUCAAGGUCGUUGCCAGUGACUCGGUUCCCUCCCCAGCCCGUGAGUCCAGUGCUUCUCCGUCUUUCCACGCACUGUCUGGCGCUGGAGAGCUCAACGGGAAGGAACAACCCACAGGUGCGUCUACCGCAGCUGAUGCAGAGUCCACCUCUGCCCCAGCUGCACCCGCGGAAGAGCCUGUUUCGAAACAAAACUAGACGAAAUAAACCAAUGGAACUGGAACGGCGAUGAUACUACCUAGAUGUUGUGCUAUGUUUUUUCUCUUUUCUCGUGUGCAUCUAGGACUGGAUUUUAGUGAGAGAGUGUUUCGGUACGGGUAGGUUCACUGUGGUUUGUAGGAAUGAGUCGUGAAAUA